UUAUUACUAUAUAUGAAGUGUUUCUUACACAUUCAAAAGGCAACAAGAAAAACCUAGCUAAUAGCCUACUACAAAUGUCGAACCACAACAAGCCACAGCCGCCAAAACCUCUGAUGAAGCAACAGUCUUUGCCACUAGACGUAAACCGCGAAGAGGCUUGGCUGCGGAUGAAGAAGAGGCAUCCAUCAGAUCGUCUUCGUCGCAGCAAGAGCUGCUUCACAAGCGACGAUAUCGAGGAGCUCAAAGGCUGCUUCGACCUAGGGUUUGGGUUUGAGCCAGAUUCUCCUGACUUUAAUCCAAGACUCUCCAAAACAAUCCCAGCUUUGGAUUUAUACAGCACCAUUCAAAGACAGUACAGCAACUAUUUGCCCCGGACCUCAUCGUCUGCGUCGGAAAGUGACGUCAGCAACUCUAGCACCACGACUAUCGUCAACAAAGAUGAUGAUGGAAAGACGAUGAAGAAGAAGCUGAAACAAUGGGCUAAGGUGGUUGCGUGUUCUGCGAGGCACUCCUCCGGCAAACCAAAUUGAUGAAAAUGAUAUUCUUCGAAGUUUCUUCUAGUUAUGUCCGAAGAAUGGCAUUUUUGUAAUAUAAUCGUUAAAAAACUAUUUUAGUUAAUGUUUGUUUUUUGUAUUUGACUUUUAGUCAAGUGAGGUUUGUGAAGUAACCUAAGUGGAUAAGACAAUAUCUGGUCAAACUUAAUGUGAACUGAAAAAAAACCUUACUUAUCGAAUGUGAUUUCAUUAUGAUUUUUCUUGUCCAUUUUGUUCGGAGUAUAUGUCCUGAAUCACACUGCGAGAUAGUCGAAUUGUUUAUUUUUAUUUUGUUUCUUUGUUCACAUUGAUUUUAUGAGAUAAUCAUAUCAUA